CUCAAGAUAAGCGUGUGUGUCUGCAGCAGCUGAUGCAAUACAUCCGAGCAGCAUACCAGACUCUACGCGUGGACGCAUCAGAUAACUAGCAUCAUAUUCACGAGAAGGAAUUCACUACUCUCCUGUUUCCUUUCCUUUUCCCUCUCAACGACACUGAAACCAUCCACAUACGCCAUGGAUCGCGCGCUAAGCAAGUUGGUGCGCCACGCACUCAGGACGCAGCAGAACUGCGGAUGUGAAGCUCUGGCCGUGUCUGUUCGCACGAUCAGCUUCUCCCCACGCCAGGUCACCUCAGAUGCAGGCUUUCAUUCCGUGUCUUUCUCCGAGACAGACCAUCCCAAAGUCCUCAUCACUGGCGGUCUUGGCCAGCUUGGGGUGGGGCUUGCCAAGAUGCUGCGGAGGCAGUUUGGAAAGAAUAACAUCAUUUUGUCUGACAUCCGAAAGCCUCCAAGUGAAGUCUAUCACAAUGGUCCUUUUAUUUAUUCCGACAUCUUGGACUACAAGAAUCUGCGUGAGAUUGUGGUGAACAACCGCAUCACCUGGUUGGUGCACUACAGUGCGCUGCUCAGCGCGGUGGGGGAGGCCAAUGUGUCACUGGCCCGAGACGUAAACAUCACUGGCCUCCAUAACAUUCUGGACAUCGCGGCCGAGCAUGGCCUUCGUCUCUUUGUGCCCAGCACCAUCGGGGCCUUUGGGCCGUCCUCUCCCCGCAAUCCGACCCCCGACCUCUGCAUCCAGCGGCCACGCACCAUCUAUGGCGUCUCCAAGGUGCACGCGGAGCUCAUGGGAGAGUACUACCACCACAGGUACGGACUGGAUUUCCGCUGCCUACGGUACCCUGGCAUCAUCUCAGCAGACUCCCAGCCUGGAGGCGGCACGACCGACUACGCUGUGCAGAUCUUCCACGACGCGGUGAAGACGGGGAAGUUUGAGUGCAACCUGCGUCCCGACACGCGGCUGCCCAUGAUGUACAUCACGGACUGCCUGCGGGCCACCCUGGAGAUCAUGGAGGCCCCGGCCGAGUCUCUCAGCAUGCGCACCUACAACAUCAACGCCAUGAGCUUCACGCCCGAGGAGCUGGCCCACGAACUGCAGAAGGUCCUGCCUGGCCUGGAGGUCACCUACAACAUCGACCCCGUCCGGCAGGCCAUAGCUGACAGCUGGCCGAUGAACUUCGAUGACAGUAAUGCGCGUAAGGACUGGGGAUGGAAGCACGAUUAUGAUCUCCCAGAGCUCAUCCAGACCAUGCUCAACUUCCUCGGCCACGACUCCAGGAUUGCCAAGGCCUAUUGAAUCCAGAAAGGCCUAAUGGUUCUCUGUGUACCGUAUGUGGCAUUUUAGACUAUCAGGGACCUGAAAAACCAAGAGGAAUGUACGUACAUAGUAUUUCAAGUGCACUGUUGGAUAUUUAAAAAAGUUUUAGUUAUGUUAUUUCCAAAUGGGUAUUGUAGGAAAUGCGCAUCUAUAUACCGGUAUGUCUUGUAAGGGACUUUUUCAGGGUCAAAGGGAUUAAAAGGAAAUGAAGGAACAUUGCCAGAAAUGUUUGCAUCCCUUUAAAAACACACAGUGGAUAGCCAUAAUGUGUCUUUUGCAACCAAAUAGUGUCUGUCAAACCAAAUAUUGGGCUGCUUCUGCUUACUGAACUUACACAUGCCUUGAAUCAGCAACAGUCAAAAAAGGUUCGCUAGAUAGAGUCUAUCUACCAAACAAUCUUAUCUUGUUGAAGUGUGACAAUGAUGAAACGAUUUUUUUUUUCAUUUUGUAUUAGAAAAUGCACUCCACACAAUGCUUGGUCUUAUGAAGAAAAUUUGUGAGCUAUUUAUUUGUACCUUUUGCACUCAAGAAUGUUAUUCUUGUGUUAUUUUUUGUGUUUUUGUUAGAAACUAUUUAACCUUGUCUAGGCGGUGCUAUGCGGAGUCUGUAGCUGUGUAUGGCUCUUUUUAUUUUAGCGUAUUCAUGCCUAUUGAUUUAAGGGUGCUAAAGUAUGUUUUGUACUGUAUGUUUUGUUCCUAGUCAUAAAAGCUGUUCAGUUGGGUUGAAUGAAAUCAAAGCCCUCCUAUUUUCUAAAUUAAGGAAUUUAAUGAUGUGGAAAAAUGUAUUAUUCCACUGAAUUGUUGGAAUGUCUGUUUUGUUUAUUUAGUUAUCAAGUUAAUUUCAGAUUGUAUGUAGAGGCGAAAUGUAUAUUUUUUCCAGUGUGAAUACCUGCACACAUGUUUUUACACUUCAAUAAAUGGUCAACUUGUGUUUA